ACUGAUCAGAGCACAACCUGGAACAGAGCUGGACUCCAGAUCUCAUUCUCUGGACAUUAUUUCAGACUUUUCAGUCUUUAUCAAGAGUCAGUUCAGGGAUACAGUGUCAAUGAACCAGUUUGAAGAGUCAGAGAGAUUGAAAAUGGACAGAAAGCUGCUGAAGCCUCAAAUUGAGCGCCAAAGACGAGAACGAUUGAACCGCAGUUUGGAGAACCUGCGGAUUUUACUCCUGCAACGCCCCGAGCAACAGGCCACAUCUCAGAGGCGAGUGGAAAAAGCAGAAAUCCUGGAACACACAGUUCUCUUCCUGCAGAGCUCCAUUGCAGAGGCCAAAAAAUCCAGAGCUGAAGAUGAGUCCUCGUCAGAAGGUCCUCAGUUUCUGGAUGGGUUCUCAGCAUGUUUACAGAAAGCAGCUCUCUUCCUGCAGGAGCAGAGCGAGUCACAAGGCCUGCACGAGUCUCUGUCCACGUCCCUGCACCGCUGCCUGAACCGCUGCCGUCCACACUGGCCCAGCAUCAAAGACAUUAGGCAGAGUCACGUCACCCACAGACUGCAGAGUGUGAGGAGACACACACACACACUCUCACACCCGUACAGGUUCCCACUGCGGCACACUGACCAUAACACCACCCAGCGUCACCUCGUCCAGAACACAGCUACAGUAUCAUGUCCCACGACAAGCCCACAGGCAGCCAGCACACAGUGUGUGUGGAGACCCUGGCCUUGAGACUCAAACACACACACACACACACACACAUGGACACGGACAUGGACAUAGACAUUGACUGGGUGUAACAGUAUCGGGCUUGUGUAAUAACAUUUGUAUGAAGCUGCCAUGGCUGAUAAAGAGUAUAUUUAUUUAGUGUUCAGAACACAUUGUUUUUUUAUGAAAAUGCUUGUGCUUUAACUCCUUAAACGUCAGAACUGUUUAUAAAUAAUUGACACACUUUAAGAUGAAUAUGAAGAGAGUUUAAAGGGUUGAACUUGUACAUAGUGUAUAAAUGAUAAUCCCAAUAUUUUUUUAAGGAAGGAUCCUCCACUGCUCUGUACUGUAUUUAUCUAUUUUUGCACAUUUUAAUUUAUUCAACCCCCCCCCCC